AUGUCCAGUACGAACGCUGCCGCUACUGCUGCUUCUACUUCGGACAACAAGCAGACCGUCACCUUGCUCCCUACGGAGGUGCGGUGUUCGUAUCCGAGCAAGCUCUGCAAUAACCACCGCGCCGUGAAGGACAACGGAGACCUGCACAAACUAUGCGACUUCCACCGCAAGAAAGCCAACGUGAACCAGCAACGCAUGCAGCAAAAGCGCCGUCUCAUUCGUCAGCAAAUGGUCGAGCGCAAGAAACGUUUCAUGGACGCGGCUCAAGUGCCCAUGGAGUACAAUGCCGUCACCAACAUGAUGGAGCCCAAGGAGCCGAUUUGUGAUCUCUCGCGCGAGGAGGUGAUGAUGCUCGAAUCCAUGCUCUUCGACGACGAGGACAGCGAAGGCUGUGCAUUCACUGACGAAGACCUGACGUACACGGCAAGUUACCCGAUGAGCAUGGCAAUGGGCUCCUACGCGGCAUCAAGCCUGCCUUCUGGCAACAUGUCCCUGUAG